UGGUCCAAUCAAUAGUUGCCGGGUGGCCACUUUGUAGUUUUUACGAUUGCCAUUAGUUUCCACUAUUGAAAAUUGUUAGUUUUCUACAAAAUGUGUACAAAAUAUAUCGUCUUGUUAAUAAUUGUGACUGCUGAGUUUUCUUACGGAAUAUACCCAUAUUUUGACACGCAGGACUUCAUUUACAAUGUACCGAAAGUUUACAGAAUAUCUAUCACACUGGACAAAUUGUUAGAACAUUACGAGAAGAAGCCAUCAAAAGAUCCAGAAUGGUACAUUGCGCUGGGAAUGGCGAGAGGACAAUUAGAGUACAUUAUUAACGAGUUGGACAAAUCAGUGCCGGGGAAGCUUAAAGAGAAUUUGCAGAAUAUUACGAGACGAAUGGACCGCAUUAGAAACAAUACAGACUUCGCCAGCUUUGUAUACCGGAGCAAAGAUUACGAAUAUGUUGCUAAAGCGAUAUUCGAAAAUCUGGAAGUGUUAGCGAGUAUAAUGGAACCAAUCACAAUUGGCACAAUGGGCACACAGAAGCCUUAUCGGUUCUCGUUCGAGCAAUACGUGCAAGAGGCAAGGACUAAAAUGCCAACAAGGAAGGCAGCAGAUGCGUGUACGAUGCAGUUGUUGAUAUCGGCCAUGGAGUCACAGACGACGCAGAAUGAAGGCACGUGCGAACUGACUCCGGAGUGCGCCGCGCAGAUCCUCAAGGGCUCCGGCCUCGCCUUCCAGCAGACCAGUCGCAUCAGGGCGGCGGCCUUAGCUUACAUCUUCGAUUGCUUGGAAGGCCUCGACCUUGCAGCACAUAUUUACAAACUGUGUAUCCAAGUUUAUAAAGAAUCUAAAUCCUUGGAGGCAUGGGAUCACCCGCCUGGGACUAGGACUUUGUUCAUGCAACAAGUGCUGUAUUGUGCGUCACAAGGCUACGGGGAGUUCAUUAAGCCUCGUUGGAUGAACAAAAUCCUGGCGUGGCAGGAGCCGAAAGGAUGCUACUCAGAUGACCGCCAACCAUUCUUAAAACUCACAGGAUUUGUGGGGCCCGCGUCAGCGCCGACACCCAAAGAGAGAGAGGAGGAAUAUAGAGUGAAGAAAGCAGCUACGUCAGAAGGCGGCGCUUGCAACUCUCUGACGUCGGCUAUGGCUCUCGGCUCCCUGGUCAUCUACAUCAGAGCUCUACUUGAAACUGAUCAAGCUUUCCAAUACGAUGUUCUCACAUAAAUUAUGUUUGUCACCUUAGCAGUAACUAUUAUGGACUCCUUGUAAUAAAAAUGCGUUCACGUUUUUAAUAAAAUUGUAUGCACUCUAUAA